UUCUGGAAUCAUUCUUCUUCUCUUCUCAUUCCUUCUAUACAUAUAGAUACACAUACAUGGGCCACACACCCAACCCAACACAUUUUUUUUCUUCUUGUUGUUGUGAUCGAUAUGUUGCAUGGAAAUGAAAAUCCUCCCUUGAUCCUAGUGGCUAUCAGACGGCAGCUGAUGAGACGCCCAAAUGGGGAAGAGAGCGAGAGGGAGACGAAGAUAGCAGCAGGCAGUUAAGCAAGGGCAGAAGAAUGGAAUGGAAACCGGCGUGGCAUGCGUGGCCUCUCAUCCAUGAGAGCCAAACAGAGCCUCGCCUCUCUCCCGUCGCAUGCCGCCCUUCCAUUUCCGUCCCCUCCCCCCCAAAAAACCGAGGCCCAAUUAGCCCUCCAUUCCCCUUGGCCGCCGCCGCCGUCGGUCGGCCGGAGCCAAAGAAGACGACUAAUUCCGCCCCGCCGGUGACGAGGAAGACGACGGUGUCCGCGGCGGCGGCGGAGGAGGAGGAGGAGUAUGGACGACCUGAAGGCGAUCUUGGCGCGUCCGAUCCAGGUGGCGGAGCAGGUGAUAAAGUGGGCGGAGGAGGCCCAGACGUGCCGGCAGGAGUGCCUGGAGCUCAAAUCCAAGGUGGAGCGCCUCGCCUCCCUGCUCCGGCAAGCCGCCCGCGCCGACCUCUACGAGCGCCCCGCCCGCCGCAUCCUCGACGACACCGGCCGCGCCCUCGACAAGGCCGCCGCCCUCCUCGACCGCUGCCGCGCCCGCGGCAUCGUCUCCCGCGUCUUCACCAUCAUCCCCGCGGGAUCCUUCAAGCGCACCUCCGCCCAGCUCGACAACUCCAUCGGCGACCUCACAUGGAUCCUCCGCGUCUCCAACUACGCCAAUGCCAACGCCGACAUGGACGACCACAUCGGGUUACCCCCCAUCGCGCAGAACGAGCCCAUCCUGUUCCUCAUCUGGGAGCAGAUCGCCGUGCUCUACACCGGCACCCACGACGCGCGCGCCGACGCCGCCGCCAGCGUCGUCUCCCUGGCCCGCGACAACGACCGCUACGGCCGGCUCAUCAUCGAGGAGGACGGCGUGCCGCCAUUGCUGAGGCUCAUCAAGGAAGGUCGCCCUGAAGGGCAGGAGAACGCCGCGCUCGCGAUUGGGCUUUUGGGGAGGGAUCCUGAGUGCGUCGAGCUCAUGGUGCUCGCCGGCGUUUGCACCGCGUUCUCGAAGAUUCUUAAAGAUGCGCCCAUGAAGGUCCAGGGCAUGGUGGCCUGGGCCGUGUCGGAGCUCGCCACGAACCACCCAAAGUGCCAGGACGCGUUUAUGCAGAGCAAUGUGAUUCGCUUGCUCGUCUCCCACCUCGCGUUCGAGACCGUCCAGGAGCACUCCAAGUACGCCGUGGCAUCCCGCAUGUCCAUCCACUCCGUCUUCCUCGACAAGAAGGGCGGCGCCUCUAGCAGCAGCCACCACCACGACGCCUCCGCCAUUGGCGCCGACGCCGGGGCCGAUCACGCCAUUGCCGGCGCCGGCAUCGCGGCCAAGCCCACCACCGCCGCCGGCGGACCCACCAGCAGCAGCUCGACCGGCGUCGGCACGACCACCGCGAGCUCGACCUCCAUUGCCGCCGCCGCCACCGCGGGCACCAUUGCCGGAACGAAGCAGCAGAACGCGUCCUUGUCCGGGACGAGCACCCGGGGGCGGGAGUUCGAGGACGAGGAGACGAAAGCCUACAUGAAGGCCAACGCGGCCAGAGCCCUGUGCCAGCUCGCCAUGGGCAACGCGGCCGUGUGCAAGAACAUCACAGAGUCCCGCGCCCUGCUCUGCUUCUCCAUCCUGCUCGAGAAGGGCGCCCCGGACGUCAAGUACAACGCGGCGCUGGCGCUCAUGGAGAUCUGCCGCGUCGCGGAGCAGAACUCGGACCUCCGCCGCUCCGCAUUCAAGCCCACGUCCCCGGCGGCCCGCGCCGUCGUCGACCAGCUCCUCCGCGUCGUCCAGAAAGGGGAAUACGACGAGAACCUCAUCCCCUGCAUCACCUCCCUGGGAUGCCUCUCCAGAACCUUCCGCGCCACGGAGACCAGGAUCAUCGGGCCUCUCGUGAACCUUCUAGACGAGCGAGAAGCCGACGUGUCCAAGGAGGCCGCCGUGGCGCUGACGAAGUUCGCCUGCACGGAGAACUACCUCCACGUGGACCACUCCAAGGCCAUCAUCAACGCCGGCGGCGCCAAGCACCUGGUCCAGCUGGUCUACUUCGGGGAGCAGGUGGUGCAGGUGGCGGCGCUGCUGCUGGUGUGCCUGGUGGCGCACAACGUGCCCGACAGCGAGGACCUGGCGCAGGCGGAGAUCCUCACCGUGCUCGAGUGGGCGUCCAAGCAGAGCUACAUGGUGCAGGACCCCAUGAUCGACAGCUUGCUCCCCGAGGCCAAGAUCAGGAUGGAGCUCUACCAAUCCAGAGGGGCCAAAGGUUACUACUGCUGACCCAAAUUCCAUGACUGAUUUUGGUUGCAGAUCAGAGAGGCCCGGCCUGCUGCAUCCCAAUCGAUCGAUCGAUUGCGGUAUGCAUGCGUGUGUAAGUAGAGGGAUCCAAGAACAACACACACACACAAGCUGACUGAUCACUCCUUCGUCGUCAUCAUCAUCGUCGCAUCCCGCCUAGCAAACGUCCUGUUUACAGAGAAGAAACUUUUCAAGUCUGAAUCUUGUUGUUGGUGGUGGUGGUGUUCUGUCGUUUCUUUCAUAGCUUAUGGUGGUUUGAACUGAACUCCGUUGGAGACGUUUCAUGUUCUGUUCAUCUCGCAGUUGUUAGAUGACAUAAACCCUGUAAGUAUCACCGUCAUGCAAUUUCCUUCAUGAAUAAUCAAGUCUUGUGUCCAGACAUAAAAGCUUUGAAACAUGACAGAGAUCUUCAGAGAUAAGCUGUACUGAAAUCUACAUAUUGGCUUUCUUUUUAAAGCUGAUCAGCAGAAAGUUAUUUUUUACUCGGAGUGAAUUCGAUCAUGUAUGUAGCUACUGUCAGUAAAAGGGAAAAAAGAUUAGAGAUGUUUUAGCUAGCUAAGCAACGUCAUGGCGAUCGAUUAGUAGCAAGG